UCCCGCUUAAUUUCUAAAGGCGCUAUCUUAGAACUGACCGUUUACACUUUACGAAGCAUUUGUGUAAUUAUUCAAAGGGGGUUACACCGUUUCUGAAGCGUAUUCUAUAAUAAAAAUGAUGUUGCAUCCUUCAGAUUCUGAAGAUAUUGUCGAAGAGAGAGUAAUAAAUGAAGAAUACAAGAUAUGGAAGAGGAAUACUCCGUUCUUGUACGAUAUGCUGAUGUCACACUGCUUGGAAUGGCCAAGUUUAACUGCUCAGUGGCUGCCAUCUGUGGAAAGGACUGGGCGAGAUUACUCCGUUCAUCGUUUAAUACUGGGGACUCACACAUCUGAUGAGCAAAAUCAUUUAUUGAUAGUUACGGUUCAUCUACCAAAUGACCAGGCAGAGUUUGAUGCAAGUGCUUAUGAUAGUGAACGAGGUGAUUUCGGGGGAUUUUAUUUUCCAUCUGGGAAGUUGGAAAUAUCAAUGAAAAUAAAUCAUGAAGGUGAAGUCAAUCGUGCUCGGUUUAUGCCACAGAAUCCAGACAUAAUAGCUACCAAAACACCAAGUGGUGAUGUUUUAAUAUUUAAUUACCCAAGACAUCCACCGAAAACUCCAUCAGACCGUGGUUGCCAACCUGAUUUACGUCUCAAGGGUCAUCAAAAAGAAGGUUAUGGUCUUUCAUGGAAUGUGUCUCUUAAUGGUCAUCUCCUUUCAGCAUCUGAUGAUCAGACAAUUUGUUUGUGGGAUGUUAAUGCUGCUCCUUUAGAUGGCUGUGAUCUAGAUGCGAUGGCUAUCUUUACGGGUCAUCAUUCAGUAGUUGAGGAUGUUUCUUGGCAUCUUUUCCAUGGACAUAUUUUUGGUUCAGUAGCAGAUGAUAACAAACUUAUGGUUUGGGAUACACGGAGUUCAAAUCGUACAAAACCUCAGCACCAAGUAGAUGCUCAUACAGCCGAAGUCAAUUGUCUUGCUUUUAAUCCGUUUUCUGAGUUUAUUAUUGCGACGGGAAGUGCAGACAAAAUUCUCAGUAAAUGAAUUCAUUAUUCUGUUAUGAAAAUGAGCUGUAUGUUGGAGUAUAUGUGUACCACUGUUAUAUUAAUAUCAUGACCCCCAUCCGUUCCAAGAUGCUGUUGGCUUUAAAAUAUUUCAGUUAUCUAAAAUCAGGUGUUAUUUGCAAUUUAUAACCAAUGCCUUUAAUAUAGCAUUUUUUAUCCAAAAAUAUCUGUAGACUGUUGCUCUUUGGGAUCUGCGUAAUCUUCGGCUGAAGCUACAUUCAUUUGAAUCUCAUAGGGAUGAAAUAUUCCAGGUCCAGUGGUCUCCACAUAAUGAAACUAUAUUGGCAAGCUCAGGGACUGAUCGUCGUCUUCAUGUCUGGGAUUUAAGUAAGAUAGGUAUUGAUCAGACUGCUGAAGAUGCGGAUGAUGGACCUCCUGAGUUAUUGUUCAUUCAUGCUGGGCAUACAGCAAAGAUUUCAGAUUUUUCGUGGAAUAUUAAUGAUCCGUGGGCUAUUUGCUCUGUAUCUGAGGAUAAUAUUUUACAGAUCUGGCAAAUGGCUGAGAAUAUAUACAAUGAUGAUGAAAUAGAGAUGGGGAAUCCAGAACUUGAACAGCAUUCUUAGCUCGCUACUUUCUAAUCCAUUUUGUUUUAUGUUUUCGUAUAUUCUGUGUGUUUCCUUAACGUUGUGUAUAUAAGAUGCACCAAGAAAUAAACAUCAAAUUUAGUGUUUUCUACACAUGGUUGUUAUUUUGCUAAUUCAUCUAUUGAGUAAACGUUUAACUUUGAAUUAUGAUCAUUAUAAUUGAUAAAGUGAUAGGCCCUGAUUAUUAGUGUAAUAUUCAUUAAGCCACACAAUUUAAAUAUGUACGUUUACAUCAAGAUGUUUUGUUGAUCCCUACUUGGUGAUUACCAGCUAUUUGUAAUACUAUUUUUCAUUUCAGUAGACGUCUAUCA